CCUCGUGCUUCCAGUACAAACAAUCAAGUCCAAGAUGUGUAUCUGUUCAACCCCUCUCUCUCAAUAAUGUUCAAAAGCAAACAAAACACACCUCCAUCUAUUUCCCAACAACACACCAUUCCCUCUCUCUCUCUCCCCUCCACCCAAUCAAACCCAAACCCAAACCCCUCCUCCAAUGGCUUCCUCCUCUCUCUCUCCUAAACACCUUGUUUCUCUCUCUACUCACCGCACCACCUCUCUCUCCAAACCCCCCUCCACCGCCGCCGAUUUCUUCCUCCGGUUCCGAAACUCCGAUUCUGUAUCUCUUCGAUGCUCUUCUCUGUCCUCGCAAUUGAACCGGAACGGUGCUCCUGCUUGUCGAAUGAAGGUGUCGGCGACUUCAGCAGCUCAGGUUGUGGCCCAGCCGCCUAGUAAUACCACUUCCACCGUUCCUACCAUCGUCGAUGUCGAUUUGGGCGACCGGAGCUACCCGAUCUACAUCGGAUCUGGACUACUUGAUCAGCCUCAUCUUCUUCAAAAGCAUGUUCAUGGCAAGAGAGUCCUUGUGGUCACUAACACCACAGUUGCACCAAUCUGCUUGGAUAAAGUUGUUAGUGCUUUAACACAUGGGAACCCAAAUGUUUCUGUUGAGAGUGUUAUUUUACCAGAUGGUGAAAAGUACAAGAACAUGGACACUCUCAUGAAAGUCUUUGACAAGGCAAUUGAGUCACGGUUGGAUCGACGUUGUACAUUUGUUGCCCUUGGUGGUGGUGUCAUUGGUGACAUGUGUGGAUUUGCUGCUGCCGCCUUCCUUCGUGGAGUUAAUUUCAUUCAGAUUCCUACGACUGUCAUGGCACAAGUGGAUUCUUCUGUAGGGGGAAAAACUGGAAUAAACCAUCGUCUUGGGAAAAAUUUGAUUGGUGCAUUCUAUCAACCUGAAUGUGUGCUUAUAGAUACUGAUACAUUGAACACAUUGCCAGAAAGAGAAUUAGCAUCAGGGCUUGCUGAGGUUAUAAAGUAUGGGCUUAUUAGGGAUGCUGAAUUUUUUGAGUGGCAAGAGAAGAAUAUGCCGGCAUUGAUGGCGAGGGACCCCAAUGCACUAGCUUAUGCUAUCAAGCGAUCAUGUGAAAACAAGGCUGAGGUUGUAUCCUUAGAUGAGAAGGAAAGUGGACUGAGGGCAACAUUGAACUUGGGUCACACUUUCGGCCAUGCUAUAGAAACUGGUUUUGGCUAUGGGCAGUGGCUUCAUGGAGAAGCUGUUGCAGCCGGCAUGGUUAUGGCUGUUGACAUGUCAUACCGCCUUGGUUGGAUUGAUGAUUCAAUUGUGAAGCGAACUCUUGACAUCCUGCAAGCAGCUAAGCUACCCAUUACUCCUCCUGAAACAAUGACAGUCGAGAUGUUCAAGUCUGUCAUGGCGGUUGAUAAGAAAGUGGCCGAUGGCCUACUAAGGCUCAUCCUCUUGAAAGGUCCAUUAGGCAAUUGUGUUUUUACUGGGGAUUAUGAUCGAAAGGCUCUUGAUGAAACGCUCCAUGCAUUUUGCAAAUGAUGUUGCUAACUAGUUUUCGUUUUAUACCAGAUAUUUGUUAUGUAAUUAUGCGGUUGCAUUAUUAGUUUUCCAUGUAUUUUAAGCUUGUUAUUUUUUCUUUUUUUGGGUGUGUGUGGCUUUCCUGUACUGGUAGUGGUAGAGAAGCUACUAGCACAUUGUAUUCUAUGAAGCACGCCGCUACCUUGUUAAGCACCACCAAGGAUCCUCUAGAGUGUUUUUUUCUUAAAGUUUCUUAAAGUGGUGUAUUGUGUGGUUGAGAUUUAAUGCUGAAAAAUUGAUGUGACUUGUCAUUAAAUUUCAACCACACAAUGCACCACUCUAGAAAAUUUUACAAAAAAAAAAACUCUAGAGGAUCCUUGCUCGUUAAGCACAGCCCUUAUCAAUAAACAUUUUUUACUUUUUUUGUAUCUUAA